CCGUUACGUACGAGUUGAUUUGGUUGUAUUAUCCCAAUUGUCAAUAAUUUCCUGUACUAGUUUUUAGUUUUGUAUGAAGAAAGUCGACUAAUUAUUGAUAUUUCUGUUAUAAACAAACUCAUGUUCUGUUCAUUUGUUUACAAAAUGCGUGUUAGCUAUAUAGUUAAUGAAUGAGUGACACAGGUAGUGACUCAGACGAGGCGACCGAGCGUACGGCACUCAUGGACGGCCACAUCGCAGAAGCUCGUCCCGACAGGGAGAUCGCCGAAAGGAUCGCCAGGAAAAAGAAAACAAAAUCCGAAAGCCAGCGCACUUAUGGCGUGAGUAACACAAAUAGUGUGGAACAAAGUGAUGGUGGAGGCUCCAGUGGGCCCAGCAGGCCUGGGCCUAGCGAACCUAACCCACCUCAGCCUACGGAGCCACAGAUUGAGGAGUUGGAGCUGAAGUAUGGUGCUCGCCAUGUGAUCAAGCUAUUUGUACCUGUUACGCUGUGUAUGCUGGUGGUUGUAGCUACUAUAUCAACUGUCAGCUUUUACUCUGUUAAAGAUGUAUAUUUAGCAUACACACCAUUCCAUGAAGAAAGCCCUCAUGCAGUGACCAAAGUAUGGAAUGCAUUGGCCAACUCCAUGAUCCUGCUGUGUGUGAUCGCACUGAUGACUGUGCUGCUCAUAGUGCUGUACAAGAAGAGGUGCUACAAGAUCAUACAUGGCUGGCUCAUUCUCUCCUCCUUGAUGCUGCUGUUUCUGUUCUCAUAUUUGUAUAUAGAAGAAGCGCUAAGAGCCUACAACAUCCCAAUGGAUUACAUAACACUAGGUUUUGUCAUGUGGAACUUUGGUGUCAUGGGCAUGAUUGUCAUCCACUGGAAAGGCCCCCUGCGGUUACAGCAGGCCUACCUGAUCUUCAUUGCUGCUCUAAUGGCACUUGUGUUCAUCAAGUAUCUGCCGGAGUGGACGACAUGGGCAGUGCUGGCUGUUAUCUCUAUUUGGGAUCUAGUAGCAGUAUUGACUCCAAAGGGCCCACUGAGGAUAUUAGUGGAAACAGCUCAAGAAAGAAAUGAACCCAUAUUCCCAGCUCUUAUUUACUCAUCGACGGUGAUGUACUGCCUCGUGGGAACGACGACGACGGGCGAAGGUGAGCCCCGGGAGCUACGGCCUCUCAACCACGGCACCGUGCCCGACGGCAGAGCGGGUGCGGGCGCGGGCGCGGGCGCGGGUGCGGACGGGGACGGCGGGUUCGACGCGGCGUGGGCGGCGCGGCGCGAGGCGGGCCGCGAGGCGCGGCGCCUGCGCGUGGACGGCACGCAGCCCGCGCACUACACCACGCGCAUCGAGCGCCCCGCGCCGCCGCCGCCAGAUAUGGAGGAGGAGAAGGGCGUGAAGCUAGGCCUAGGCGACUUCAUAUUCUACAGCGUGCUCGUCGGCAAGGCCAGCUCCUACGGCGACUGGAACACUACACUCGCGUGUUUUGUUGCUAUACUUAUUGGUUUAUGCCUAACCCUGCUGCUGCUGGCGAUCCUGAAGAAGGCGCUGCCGGCGCUGCCCAUCUCCAUCACGUUCGGUCUCAUCUUCUACUUCGCCACGCGCGGCGUCGUCAAGCCCUUCGCGGACGCGCUCGCAGCCGAGCAGCUCUUCAUAUAGCUACCGCCCCACACACUAGAUACCAAUUAAUGAAGGCGAUUCCUUCCAAUGUUUAUCGUUGAUCGUUUGUAAACCUUGAUGGCAUAAGGUCUACUUAAGGUUAGUUGUGUUGCGAGUGUGUUAGAACGAAGAAAUGUUCACUUAUCUGUGCACGCUUAUGCUACCUGUAACCUUUUCUGAUUGUAUAAAUAAUCUUGGAACCCGAUUACCUAAGUGGGGUUGUUGAUAUUUGAAUACUAUUCUAAUAUCAACAACCCAACUUUGCUAAUCGGGCAAAUAUUAUUUUCAUCACACUUGCUCGAAAAAGUUCUUAUUUCAUGCAGGUGUACUGAAGGACAAAGGCCUAUUUUGUUCCCGUGGGAGUUAUGGAUCGUGAAAAAAAAGCUAUAACUACCUAGGGAGUUGUAGCUUUAUUUUUUUUAUUAUGUCACUUAUACAAACCAAGUAGCAUAAAUGACUUUUACUUUUAAAAUACUGACAUUUAUAAUUUAAUAUUUUUGUUUGUUUAAAUUUAAAUGAUUUGAUUGAUUUAACAGCCGUUUAAAAUAUUUUUACAUAAUUUUCAAUUGUGGCUGAAUUCCGAAUAGGUCUUUGCCCUCGAUGCUAAACUGACAAGAAAUUAGUUUUUUCUUCGCAAGUGUGAUGAAAAACAUUGUGUGUAACUCCGGGGGUAAGAAUAUUGCAAGUUCGGAUCUUUAAUUCCCUCCAGCCUGCGGCUGUCGGGAAUAAUCACCCUCGUAUCCAAAAUUUCACUUGCCCCUCGUUGCACAAUGUAGUAUUGAUUGGAAAGCUCUCAGUAUUGGGUUUUUAGGUUCGAACUAAUCUUACUUUUUUGGCUAUUUCUAAAUUCUUUGACCUUAACUAAGAGGGUAAUAAUAUGGUAUUUUUGCUUGAUGGUAACAGUAGCUAUCAAUCUUGUGUCUUAACACUUCAUAUUCUAUCCCACGACAAGCAGCUAAACUAGAAACCCUAACAAUUUAACUGGGCGAAGGUCUAGGUGUACACCUACCCCGUUAUUCAUAAAACCAAAGAUACAUUGAUUGAGUAAGAUGUGUAAAAUAUAAGACAAUUUUGUUCUUCGAAUUUGACAGGUAAACGAAUUGGCGCUGUACAGCUCCAUACAUUUUGCGGUAACUCUGACUGUCAAAAAUUGACUGCCAAUUCAGUGACCACAAAAUAUAUGACGCAGUACAGCGCCAUCUCUUUUAGAUGUCAAACUAAGGAGCACGUUUUUUUCUUAGACUUUACCUCUCUAUUACAAUCAAUUCUGUUUGAUAAAACAUAGCAACCAAUUUCAAACCUCAGUUACUUUUGUCUCUUUUUAACAACAGAAAUGUAAAAAUGACAGAUAGGGAGAAACGAUUAUAAAAGGGUUAUAUUUGACAGACGUUUUUGAAUAAGAAUAACGCCACUAGUGUUUAGGGCCAACGUCCCUGACAGUGAGGAUGUCAAUCCUGACACGAUUUAUUUCUGUACAAUUUUUAGCCUAUAAUAAUGUUUACGUUACAAGUUUUUUAAUAGGUUACAACACUUUCAGCUAACCACAGAUGGACCUUAUGUCCUCGCAACAAGGUUUAAGAAUUGUCAGUUAACAGUUUGAAUGAUGGUACGGUCACGUCUGAAAACAUCGAUACGAAAAAGUGCCAAAAAAUAUUUAUACACGACUUUAUUGCCCAUAUAUUAAGGUAGUGUAUACAUACUUUUGGCACUUUUUCCUAUCGAUAUUUUUAGGCGUGGCUGUACCAGAAUUACUCUGCGUGGAGUGUCAAAUCACUAAAAAGUAUAGCGCACAUGAGUGAAUAUGUCGUUAAAACAAAUUAAUAUUAAUAAUAAA